AUGUCAAGGGUUUGGUGCAUUUUAUUCCUCGGUGGCUGGCUAGCAUGGUCAGGAGGAGCUGCUGGCCCAGGAGCAAUCAUCAGGAUUGAUCUUGGAAUGAUUGACUCAGCCAUGGUAGCAUCCAUGCGUGGACACGUGGCAGCGCACAGGCUCCUCCCUGGGGAUUUUGUGCUGAACUCCUCGUCUCGUGCAAAUCUUCCAACAGUCUCCACUGCUCUGAAUGAGAGUGAUGUUCUGCAGAAAAUGGCAGAAGCCACAAAAAAAGCGCCGAACACCAAACCCAUCAAAGGCAUCUCGGGGCUGAAAGUGAAAGAUCUCCGUCCCCCGGUGAUAGCGCUGGCACUCUUGCUGGGCUUGGGGCUCUUCAUGGCCAUCUUAGUCCAAAUGACCAUCGCUGGGAAAAGCUUUAUAGGAGGAAACAUGGAAAUUGCCCUGGCAGCAAACCCGACGGCCAGCAGCCGGCUGUGGCAGGACGCCAUGGGCAUCCCCAGGUUCAGCUCCAAGAACUGCCACAUUGCUCUCGUUAGCGUUAAAACCAACCUGCCCAGCAGAAGCCUCCAUGCAAGGUUUUCUGACACUUUGUGUCCAGCUGUGGAUGAAGCACUCAAUCUUGUGAAUGCAAAAUUCACCACCAUGACUUCCGAAAUCCCUCUUGGGUCUGCUGGGACCCUCCAAUACGCUUUGCUGACCCCCGCCCCCAUGACCAAUGAAACUUUCAUAGAGCUGGAUUUGAAGACCAUUCUCCAUGAAAAGGAGGGGAAGGAGGUUGACAUUCCAAUGGAGCAGCUACCUCUUACUUGUUUGCCACCAAAGAGGGAUGCUGCUAUCCAGCUCAUCCUGUCUGCAAACUUCUUGAGUGCUGAGCUCUCUAUCCUGCGGUCAUCCUUCAACCUGUAGAUCAGCAAUAACAUGGUUCUUGGGCUUCCCCCACUGGUGACUGUGAUGCUUGGAACCCUCGUUACUGAAAUUUCCAGGGUGCUGCCUUCAUCACAGCCAGUGGUGAUUGAAAUGCAGGGAGUCAAAGCACCGGUGGUGACCAUAACCACAGACAAAAGCUUUGUGCAGCUCUUCAGCACCGCUGAGUUUUGGGUUUCCCCUUCAGACUCUGCUCCCAAAAAUCCUCUUGUCCUGGAUGUUCACAGCAACCUGGAGGCACAGUUUGCCAUUGCAAAAGAAAAGCUGCGGCUCUCCCUCGCUCUGCAAAGCCUGUCUCGGGUGGCCUUGGCUUCCUCCUCCCUGGGAACGUUUGACGAGCUUCUGCUGAAAGGAGUUUUGGCAGAUAUAAUUCACAUGGCUUAUGUGCCAUCGAUCAACAGUAAGCACGGCUAUGGCUUCAUCUGGGGAUUCGCUAUCUAUAUUGAUCACAAGCAUAUAGUCCACUGA